AGAGAAAGAGAAACACGUUCUUCUUCUUUCUUUUGUGCAGCUGUUGGCGUCUCUUUCACCUACCACGUUCUCAUUCCUUGCUUCCUUAACCCUUUUCUCUCUCCUCUCUUUCUCUCUCUAGAUUCCCUCGCUUGGCGUGUGCCUCUUGCAAUCUCCGAAAGAUCUUUUUGAUUUGAAGCUGAAGAAUGGACUUCUUUACUAGAGACAUAAAUGAGGACUCUAUGCUUAGGUGUCCAUUCUUGAGGAACAUAAAUGAGCCUACUAACUUUUCAUUCUCUUCCCCCUUGGCUUUCCCAAUGCCUGUGCGCGGAGCCAAAGGUCCAAUUUUUGAAGAUGGUCCCAAUUUUGAUUUGGCAUUUAGGCUUUUCCAUGGGAGUGAUGGUGUAGUCCCCUUAUCUGGGAGAUCUUUUCGGCAUUCAGAGAAAGUACAGCCUGAACCUCCCAAGUCCCAAUUCAAUCCUUUAGCUGCAAAGGCAGCAACUAUUAGUCUAUCAUCAUUUGGAUUUGGCGGAUUCAGUUUUGAUGCAUUUUCUGAGAAGUGGAACAAGUCCAAAUCAUCAAAAAAAGAACCUUCUUCACAGGAUAGUUCAUCAAAGCAUGAGGCAGCAGGCAAUGAGUGGCUGCAAAAUGGGAACUGCCCAAUUGCAAAGUCAUACCGCGCCGUUAGCAAUGUCCUUCCACUUGUUGCAAAGGCUAUUCAGCCUCCUCCAGGCAUGAAAUUCAAGUGUCCACCAGCAAUAGUUGCAGCCCGGGCAGCUCUAGCACAAACUGCAUUCGCAAAGAACCUCCGCCCUCAGUCCUUACCUACAAAAGUUCUUGUGAUUGGGAUGUUGGGUAUGGCAGCUAAUGUUCCCUUGGGUAUAUGGAGAGAACAUACUAAGAAAUUUUCACCAUCAUGGUUUGCUGCUGUCCAUGCAGCUGUUCCAUUCAUAGCAAUGCUAAGGAAGACUGUCUUAAUGCCUAAAUCAGCUAUGGCAUUUACUAUUGCAGCAUCAGUGUUGGGCCAAGUAAUUGGCUCAAGAGCUGAGAGGUACAGGCUGAAGGCAGUUACUGCAAGAAAGCUGUCUAUAACUGAGACAACUGAGGUUGGUGCUGUCCAGUUACCAAUGGUUAAAACAAAAGACAGGCACUGCAGUGAUACUUCGGACUGGAAUGCAGCUUCUCUUCAGCUUGCUAUACCUUCAUCAACUGAUGUAUUCUGUUGAUGAUUAAUUUGUUAUGUGUGUUUUGCACUGUAAUUCUCUCUGUUCUCUAAGUGUGCAAUUUGUUGCUCCUUUUAUUGGUGCUCCCUUUUCACUCUGAAUCUGAAUGCCUCAGUUGGCAAAAAUAAAAGUAUUAAUGUUUUAUCAUUUAGAUUUUCCUCUUUACUUUUUAUGUAUGCAAUAUUUCAAG